AAACGGGUUUGUCAAUUUACUGUACAUGUUUUGGUGUGGAAAACUCGGGGCAGGGCUAAUGAAUUUCGAUUACUAAUUAGCGGCAAACAUCAAAGAAGUGACACCUGUGUUAAUUAAGGAAUUAUUUGUCUUUAAAGCCAUCUGUACACAUAUAUGGCAUAAAAAGACAUAAACAUGAGACUGUGUACUGUUUUGGUGUUCAUGUGUGUAGUGACGACCAGUCUAUGUCAGACGCUGGAGCAGGAAAUAUGUGAUGUAGAGCGCAGGAUGGUUGAUGUCAGUUUCAGUAAUGCUGAUGUGGUCCUUGGUGGUAUUUUUAACUUGAGAAGUAGUGGCACUGAUGGGUAUGGUUGCGGAGCCCUGCUUUCAGAGGACAUGCUUUCAUACGAGGCAGCCAGGUGGGCUAUUCAGAAAAUUAACUCUGAAAACUACAUAAAUGGAGUCAGAAUGGGAAUGAGAGCCUACGAUGUCUGCAGGUCUCCGGACCGUGCCAUUGCUGCUGUCAAUGACUUCUACCCACAAUACUCCACUUCUAGCAUGUACUGUAAUGCAACAAAUAAGUAUAACUUAGGUAUUUUGGGAGCAUUUACAAGCCAGACAACAGCCCCCAUUGCAGAACUGACAGGGAAAUUUCCGGCAUCCAUGAUCUCUCCUAGUGCCGGCGCACCGGAACUCAGCGACAAAACUCGCUUUCCAUAUUUCAUGAGGACAGGAAUGUCUGCAGCAGAACAAGUCAGGGCAAUGAUGGAAGCUAUGAAGGUGAUGAGUUGGGAAAGGAUUGUUCUUGUCUAUGCAGAUAAUUAUUACGGUACUUCCGCAAUGAACGAGAUGGUUCGCCAAUCUCAGAUGCAGGAUGUCUGUGUAGUGCUGUCAGUGGCACUUCCCGAAAAUCAAAAUAUUGGCGAUUAUCUAGAAAGACUUCAAGAUAUUGGAACUUAUGACGUAAAUGGUGCUGUCAUCUUCGCCGAUCAUGAAACUACCAUGAAGGCAUUAGACGCUGUAGAUCAGGUUCCAGGAGCUGGAAACAUACAGUGGAUGUUGUCGGAGAUCAACAUGAACGCGCAAAUAUUUCCACGUAAAAUCCGAGGGUCUGUAUUUGUUCAACCAGAAUUUACGGAAGUGACUGAGUUUUUCGACUACUUCACAAAUAUAAAUGAGAACACUCCACCAGUAGAAAAUCCUUGGUACCGUGAUUGGUUCAUGUCCUUGUUUCAGUGCCGUCUGCAAGGAGUUAAUUAUGCUCCAUACUCUAGUUUAUCAGACUGCACAUUAAAAACUGCUGCACAGAAACGUCUUGCAAUCAACACGAGAUAUGCAGCUGUCGAUUCCACAAUCAAGGCCGUUUAUGCCUAUGCUAAAGCUUUGAGGACAGCACAUUCACAGACUUGUGGAAAUGCUGCAGGGAUGUGUCUCGGGCUCAGACAGAUGACCCCACAGCAGUUUCAUAACUAUCUUUCUGAUGUGGAUCUGGAUCUGAAUGAAGUGAAUAUCAACAGUUUACGAGGGCUGCGAGUGAAGUUUGACUCAAACGGAGAUUUCUACACAUUAGGUCACACAUUCUGGAAUUACAACAACCAGCCAUCAGGACUGUUUGCUCACAAAAAUGUUGGAAGUUUCGUUGACAAUGUGCUGAACUUGGCUGCCUCAGAAGUGUUCAUGUACAGUGCAGAUCGAUCUUCAGUUUUGCCAUCUCUUCCAACAUCACCCUGCCCUAAAGCAGGAUGCAGAAACUGUGUGGUACAUCGACCAAUGGUUCACUUCACAUAUGCACCAGGAGAUAUCGUACUCAGUGGACUGUUUGACAUACAUUCUCAAGGUUCAGAAGUUCUUCUUUGCGGUGCACUAAAACCUACUCACGCAUUGAAUGUUGCUGCAUUUAGAUAUGCAAUCAAACAGGUGAAACAGGUUUUUCCAGGAAUUUUGAAUGGUGUUGAGCUUGGCUCAUUGAUUGUUGACAUGUGCGAUAACGGAGAAACUGGACGUCUGCUCAUGAAUAAUCUCCUUGGCGGACGUCAUAUUGUUGCAAAUGUUGACCCAAAUUUGGUGAAAACUGUCGUUGGAGAGUUGGAUAGUACAGAAGCUAUCUCAAUGGCUUCAAUGUUAAGUCGUUACGAUAUGCCAUACAUAGAGUCGUCUGCUACAAGUGUUUAUUUACUUGACAGAGUUCUUUUUCCAACAUUCUCACGUGCUAUUCCAUCAGACUACCAACAGAUGCUAGCUAUUGUUUUAAUGUUAAAGAGGAUGGAUUGGAACUACAUACAGGUUGUUUAUAGCGGUGAUGCAUACGGCAGUUCAGGAUAUCAACUGAUCAAAAGUGAGGGUGCUAAACGAUCUAUUUGCGUUGCUGCAAGUCACGAAAUUGGCAGAGAUGGAAGUAUUGAUACGAUUGUUAAUAAAUUGAAUGAGAAGCCCGAUGCACGAGCUGUUGUUGCUGUCGUUGAUAGCAGUGACUACCGUAUGAUUUUAAAGGCCAUUCAGGAACAGGGUCUUCAAGGUAAAUUUGUUUUUAUUGGCACAGAAACAUGGGGACGAAGAAUGUCAGUUGUAAACGGCUAUGAAUCAGUUGCUGAAGGAAGUAUCACCCUUGAUAUCACCCCACCACAGAUCACUCAGUUCCGUCAGUGGUUAGGCACUUUGAACCCAACUGAUCCUGAUACCAUGAAAGAAAUGCCGUUUCUUGCUGAGUGGUACCAGUACGCAUUUAGUUGCUACCUGGAUGCCAGCAAUAGAGGAAUGUAUACCAACGAAUGUAACCCAAAUAUCCCAAUAACUCAAGCUCCGAGGUAUGAAGAAUCGUCAUACGCUCCAUUCAUGAUUGCUGCCACUUAUGCUGCAGCACGUGCCGUUGAUGAGACUAUCAGAGAUUAUUGUGGAGACGGUACAAGAAAUUAUAACGGACUUUGCUGGCAGUUUCGAACUAGUGCUGACGUUAAGGAAAAGAUAUUAGAAUACCUUCGAAGUUCCGAAUACCUACUGGAUGGUUAUCAGUUUAAAAUGAAGAUGGGUGAAGGUCUGUCCAACUUCGAGUUCUAUAGUUUCACUGCAGGGCAAUAUGUCAGGAUUGGUGCAUUUGACACAGAAGACUCCAAGCUGCAGCUUGACUUUACAAAUCCAAUCUCUCUACCCUCAGCUUUCAGAUCCUCUUGUGCCACGCGUUGUAUCGAGUGUGUCUACCUUGUUCAGGAUAACCCAUUCAGAAUGAUCACUGAUGAUGCUGAUCUUCGACUUGGCAUCAACUUUGCUCUCAAAAACCCAGGCGUUGAUCCAUUCCUGUGUGGCGAUUUGAGAUUGACCAAUGGUAUGCAGUCAUCCUUAGCUGUUACUUAUGCUUUGGAUUUGGUAAACAGUGGUAAUGGUCCAGUUCAAUUGAAUAAUGUUAAAGUUGGAGGUCUUCUUAUAGAUCACUGUAACAGUGCUGCCAGAGCAUAUGGUAUUCCGUCAGCAUUGUAUUCUGGGAUACUCGGAAAUACUGAGCCAAGGCCGAAUCUGAAUUCCAUACGAGGAUGGUUGACGGAUAAUACACUGGUAACAGAGGAAAUGAAAGAUUUCUUCAACGAUUUAAACCUGCCAGUGAUAAGCCCAAUGGCGACAACAAAUAGAUUUCUUAAUGAUGAAGAAUACCCAACAUUUUUAAGGACCAUACAAGGUGAUAGUACCAUAGCGAGUGCAUUGGCAGUUUUAACAAAAUCUCUUGGACUGCAGUAUGUCUCUGUCCUUUACUCGGCAAACAGCUUUGGGCGUGAAGGAAUGAACACUUUUAAAUCGGUAGCUAUGCAGGAGGGGAUUUGCAUCAUCACAAUGGUUGAAAUGGACGCUGGAGAUAUUGACAACAUUGUAGAUGAUCUCAUUUCUCAACCAACUCACGUUGUCAUUACUUACCUUGGUUAUUCUGAUAUGGACCUAUUCCUCGCAGCCAGGGGAAGGGACCCUAAUGGUGACAAAUUGGUUGUUAUCUCCCCUGAACCAUAUCCGUUGGUGUUUAACGCACGAGGAAUGGAUGCCAAGAACGUACUUGCCCUAAGAAUGAAGACAAAUACUCUGGAAUUGUACAAAGAUUAUUUAAGUGCCCUCAGUAUGAAUUCAAGUUGGUAUUCGGAUGAGCAUCCUUACUGGAGAGCAUACUAUAUGAACAUGUUCCAGUGCAACUUGCCCGGGGAAUAUAGAUACUCCAGUAACUGCGGUCCAUUGAAAGACAUUACAACGAGCUCCAGUUUUUACACGGACAAUUACGUUCUGCCGAUCAUUAAUGCCGUAUUCACAUUUGUUCGUGCGGCACAUGAAACAUUAGAAAUCCAGUGUGGGGAAAACUAUAUUGGUGUGUGUGCCAAGUUCCAUUCAGAUCCUAAUACAAAUACAAUUCUGCUGCAAAAGAUGAAGGAAGCCAGCUUCUAUGACCUGAGUGGAACAACAUUCUCUUUUAUCGGCAAGGAGGGCAACACUGGCAGAGAAAUUGUUCUCUUUGAUGGCAGCGAGAUGAGAAAGGUAGCAGACUUUGCUGGAGCUUCCAUCAACAUCAUGGAUCGUAACGUACGAGCGAUGUUUGAUACAACACGGUCCUCGUGCAUUUCUCCAUGCACAGAGUGUAUCAACAAUAAUAUGAACUUUACUUAUAUACCUGGAGAUGUCAUGUUGGGAGGCAUAUUUGACGUACAUGAAGCUGACCUGACACCCUUCUCCUGCGGUGACAUUAAGACCAUAAAUGGCUUCCAGCUCCUAGAAGCUUUCCACUUUGCCAUUGACAAAGUUAACGAUAAAUCUGGGCAAUUUGCUAAUGUUUUGAAAAAUGUGAAACUGGGUGGUAUCGGUUUAGAUGCAUGUGAGAGUGCUGUCAAGGGAGGCUACCUUGUAUCUAACAUUCACAGUGGGUUAUCUGUCCUUCAGAGAGAUGGAAAUGUAAUUGAUCCUGACAGCAUAGAAGCUUAUAUCGCCACAUAUUCCAGUGACAGGUCAAUUUAUUUGGCGAGACUGCUGAAAACCUUGAAAAUACCUCAAAUCAGUUACGGUUCUUCUAGUAUUACUUUACUAGACCAAGAUAGCUACCCGUACUUCUUACGAACGGUACCAGCAGACGACAGGCAAGCAAUGGGAAUGAUCAAAUUCUUAAGCAACUAUGACAUCAGAUACGUACAAGUAGUCCAUUCUGCAGACAAUUACGGAGAACAGGCCGCCAAUGUAUUCAACACACUUGCAAGUGAUAAUAAAGUCUGUAUCGCACAGACAGUAUCAUUCUUGCCACAAAGUUCAGUCACAGUGGAAAAUGCUAAUGAUGUUGUUCUCGCCUUGCUAAAAAAGCCAGUUGCUAAUACUGUUAUUGUCUUCGCUGACAUUACAUAUAUCAAUGAGCUUCUUCAGGCUAUUAGACGUAAUCCAGAUGCUCAUGGUAAAUUCAGAUUUAUUGGAUCUGAAACCUGGGCGAAUAAUCCUGAAGCUAUUGAAGGGGUUGAAGAUAUCGCUCUAAGCUCUGUCACUGUUGACUUAGAUGUGGUUGAUAUUCGCGAUUUUGAUGAAUAUUUAUCAACCAAAACACCUGCGAACUAUCCAGAGAAUCCUUGGUUCCCGGAAUACUAUGAGGAGAUCCAGAACUGUUACCUCACCAUCCCUGAUACCAAGUAUCCUGGUAGGUGCUCGGCGACACCCAAGAAUAUUGUCACAUCCAGGAGGUACAAGCAGGACACGUCACUCAUCCAUGUUAUCAAUGCUGUAUAUUCGGCAGCAUAUGGCCUUGACCUUGCUUUGAGAGAGGAAUGUGGUGAUGAUUAUACCACUGUCUGCGAGGCUUUCAAGAAUCGUGAGAAGCGACGUGAAUUUGUGUUUGAGAAAAUGAAGCAGUCCAGUUUCGUUGACCUGUCUGGUCAACAGUUCAGCUUCUCAGAUCGCAACGAUGGAAAUAAAGGCUACGUCCUCUACUCUAUUGACUCCUCAAAUGUCCUUGGAUACACAUAUAAUCCCAUUGCGAAAUACAGCAGUGCUGGAGACUUGUCGAUAACAAGCCCAGCAUACAGGCCAAGCUGGGAUGGUAGUUGUGAGAGGGUAGACUCGUGCACAGAAUGUCCCACCAUCAGGAACCUCCUUAGCAGGUAUAUGCUGCCAGAGUAUCUGAACGGUGGAAACAACCCUAAUCCUGCUACGUUAAUUUAUCCAGCAAGAAUCCAUGACCAAGGUAACGAUGCAUAUAGAUGCGGGGCAAUGAAUAUGUAUCAUACCAUACAAGCUUUGUCCGUUGUCUACACAUUACAAUAUUCAACUUUGAUCACCAACAAGCCAUUUAACCUGCGACCUUUGAUUCUGGAUCAUUGCAACAAUGAGUUAAGAAUAGAUCAGGAUGUAUUUAAUAUAUUAACAACUGGAACACUCUGCAACGCAGAAUUUGAUUCUCAAGGCAGCGUGAUUAAUGCAACCACUGUUAUGGGUGUGCAGGUACAAUCGUCCAGAUACGUAGUGGCAGCCAACAGAGUAACUGCUCCACUUAAAAUUCAGCUUAUGAGUGGUUCAGCUUCAUCCACAGCCCUGAGCGAUAAAUGGCGUUAUCCGUACUUUGCACGUACUGUACCACCAGAUAACCUACAAAUGGAAGUAAUCGCAAAAAUCUUGGAGUUCAAUGACUGGACAUAUGUUGGUGUUGUUUACUCAAAGGAAAGCUAUGGAAUAAAUGGAUACAAAAACUUACAAGCACUUGUUAAUGAGGGUAAAUACUCCUGCAUCGGUGCCGCAGAAGGAAUUGAUAAUCCAAGUACAUUGGCUGAAUUACGACCAGUGGUUAGACGUAUAGGUGAAACGGAAGGUAUCGGUGUGAUUGUGCUCAUUGCAUUGGAUCCAAGACCAUUCCUUGAAGCCAUUAUUGCUGAAGGAGUUGCUGAAAAGUAUCUUGUAAUUGGUACUGAUUCCUGGGGAUCUGGGCAGUCCAUAACAGAAGGCAUAGCUGCACAGUUUGCAGGUGCGAUAACGAUAGAUUUCAGAAAUGCAUAUUAUAAUGAUUUUGUUAACUGGACGAAAAUGAUAACAUACACUAAUAGGAUGGGAAUUCCAGAUGAUUGGUUCGAUGAGUUCUAUCAGCAUAUUCAUAAAUGUCAGCUGCGUAAUUCAAAAUUACGAAUGGAACAGUACACAAGAGACUGUGCAGGACCCAACGGAGAUGCAGAGGUUAUAACUGAAGAAAAAAUCAAAGCAUAUGUACCUCGUCUAACAAAUAUUGCUGCCACGUAUGCCAUGGGUAAUGGAUUAAGUAAAUUAUACAGAGAAUAUGGCUGUGCAGAUGUAUCAUUUGCCUCCUGUAUGGCAGGCAUAAAAAAUGCACGAGACGUUUUGUUUGCAUAUACGCUAGAACAGACAUGGAGUAUCAAUCGAGGUCAGGUAGAUCCAAAAGAAGAGUUUAACAUGGAGAUUGGUGAGGACAGAUACUGGAAUAUCGGUUAUAACAUCUAUUCCUUCGGCAUUGAUAACAUAUAUUACCAAAUUGGAAGUCAUUCAACCGGCAAAGGUUUCCAGUUUAAUGUAAAUGGUAACUAUGAUAGUCGACGGGAAGGUCUUACGUCUCAAUGUCCACAGGAUAAGUUCUGUGAUUGUGCACUUGAAGAUGGCAGCACAGAGAAGCAGACUCAACCGAAAUACAUGCGAGAUCACGAGCCGAGGAAUUACUUCAUGUACGACGAGGAUACUGGAGAGCAGGUUUACGACUGGCCAAUCUGGGCGAUUGCUACUGCCGUUCUUAGCUGUAUUGGACUGGUUGUCGGACUGGUUCUUUUCUUCUAUUUCCUUAUAUUCUAUCCAGUACGUGGUGGUACGACAAUACUUGGUUUCAUGAUGAUGCUAGGACUGUUUGGAAUUUAUGCGACAAAUUUCGCCUUUUUCAAGCCUGCAGCUGAAGACACUUGUGCCGCCAGAAAGUUCUUGAUGGGCGUUGUAUAUGCUGUUGUAUUUGCACCAUUGUUUGUUAAAGCAGUUGACAAUUGGCGUUUUAAAGACUCUGAAUAUAGUCCAAAGCGUUAUCUCGGACUGACAAAUCCAUGUUCCUUGGUAUUAAUAGCACUGGGAAUAAUAUUAGUCCAGUGCAUUAUACCAGUAGAGUGGCUGAUUUUACGUAAUCCAACAGCCAGUAUGAUGGCUGAUUCAACGCAUCAGCACGACUGGAUGUGGUGCGACCCGCAUGACUUCUACGACAUCUCCUUGGUCCUGUCCAUGUCAUUUGUCGUAUUCUUGGUCAUUUUGACAGCCAUCUUCUCAGCACUUGCUUGGGACAGCGAAAGCAAUUACUACGAAUCCAGAUGGAUAUUCGUCUCGUGCGUGUGCACAGCAGGGUGCUUAAUGGUAUGGAUGGUUGUAUCUACAAAUGCUGGACCGCCAUACCGGGAUCCAGCCGUGGCGAUUGCAAACUUUGUCAACGCCACUGCUUUACUAAUCUUUAUACCAAUAAGAAAGCUGGUUCUCCUUGUACAGUUCUCCUCUGAGGAAGAGAAAGCCAAAACAAUGCCAUCAGAUUAUGUUGAUCCAAAUAAUGAGUUAUAUUCAACCGUAUACACCAAUCAGAUGUAUCAAGCAGAUGUUUUUGAUCCAGAUUCAAAACCAGGUUCUGAUCCUGGUUAUUAGAUACUUAAAGCUGGUGAUAAACAAUAACCAAUCUUUUGUUGAGUUUGAAGAACUUCAGACAGCGAACUAUAAUACUCAAAAACUUUGGUCCAUGAUGCUUCAAGUAGGAGUAAAUGAUAGAGAACACGUGCCGAUGGUCAUCAGCUGAUUUUGAAUAGACUGUGCUCCUCAGUUUCUGUUUCAGGUGUGUUCCGUACACACUUUUCUAUGUUUUCAAAUACACAGUCAAAUGAUAAAAUUGAGUGGUAAACAUCGUUCUAGACAUAAGCUGUAAUUUACAUUACAUAUCUUGUGGGAAACAAAGAUUGUGUUCUUGAAUUUUUGUUUGGGGUUGCAACACAAGUUUCAUUUCUGUUUUCCACUUUCUAAAAUAAAUGGGACCUUAAAUACAGAGAAACUUUUUUAACGGUUACUAGAAAAGUGACCAAAGUACAGUUAUCAUCUUGUAGCUGUUUUGAACUUACCAUUAAAUGGUGUUAGAUAGAUAUACAAUAAUUUAGAUUGUUGGAAGUGCUAUUUCACAUUCUCAGACUGGGACGAUGCCUCAUAAAAUCCUUAAAUCUGUCUUAGGUCAUCACUAAGUUCUGUAAUUAAAAGGCAUGAUCUAAAGUUAAGAAAAAUAUAUAUUAUGAUUUUCAUUUUCUGACAACUAAAAAGUGUUCAGUCAGUUAAUUGCUUUCAGGACCUGCAACUCUUUGUGUGAUUGUGAGUAAUGUUCUUAGUGCAUUGUGAACUUGUGAUAUAUAUAUAUAUAUAUGAUUUGAUUUUUUGUAAGUGAAGAAUCUCAUUUUCAAAUGAAUAAUUUGAGUUUCUGCGUAAUAUAUAUUAAUGGGAAAAUUAGUAACAAUAUCGUUUACACACACAAUUGAUAUAAGGUGAAUGAAGCAUAAUAUAUUGUUUAUGAAAUACUAAAAUGGCAUAAAACACGUGUAGAGUGGUUUAUGUAAACAAAAAACAGUACAUAUUGUACAUGUGAUCCAAUGUCUUCUAUUUCAAGAAAUUAAAAUUUAAUUUUAACAAGAAAAAAUGGUGUGAAAGAGAGUGAUCAAGAUGUUGCUUUAAUGCUUGUUUGUUUUUUUCCAAGACACAUUUUUUUGUUAUACCAUUAGUGCUUAAAUGUAUAGUUGCUUUAUUUUUGUACAUUUUAUACUUAAAAUUAUCUUUGUCUCUAAAUAUGUAUAUAUGUUUGUUAAUGAGAUUUGGAAUAUGAGACACUAUUAUACAAAUAUAAUUAUGCAAAUUAGAAAAUGACAAAUAAAACUUGUAUAUUUUGUA